GCACCUAAGAAAGCAAAGAAGAGAACGGGGGGCGCCAACUCCAACGUGUUCUCCAUGUUCGAACAGACCCAAAUCCAGGAAUUUAAGGAGAGUCUCGCUCUGUCACCCAGGUUGGAGUGCAGUGGCAUGAUCUCAGCUCACUGCAAGCUCCGCCUCCUGGGUUCAAGCAAUUCUUCUGCCUCAGCCUCCCAAGCCUUCACUAUCAUGGACCAGAACAGGGAUGGCUUCAUCGACAAGAACGAUCUGAGAGACACCUUUGCUGCCCUUGGGCGUGUGAACGUGAAAAACGAAGAAAUUGAUGAAAUGAUCAAGGAGGCUCCGGGUCCAAUUAACUUUACUGUGUUCCUCACAAUGUUUGGGGAGAAACUUAAGGGAGCGGACGCUGAGGAAACCAUUCUCAACGCAUUCAAAGUGUUUGACCCUGAAGGCAAAGGGGUGCUGAAGGCUGAUUAUGUUCGGGACAUGCUGACCACGCAGGCGGAGAGGUUUUCCAAGGAGGAGGUUGAACAGAUGUUCGCUGCCUUCCCCCCUGACGUGACUGGCAACUUGGACUACAAGAACCUGGUGCACAUCAUCACCCACGGAGAAGAGAAGGACUAGGAGGGGGCUCGCUGCUGCGCCCUGGGCUCGUCUUUGCAGAGUGGUCCCUGCCCUCAUCUCUCUCCCCCGAGUACCGCCUCUGUCCCCACCUUGUCUGUUAGCCGUGUGGCUGCCCCAUUUAUCCACCUCCAUCUUCUUUGCAGCCUGGGUGGCUAUGGAUACUUCAUGGCCGCACAUCCUACAGAUGGAAAUCCAUCCAGAGGCCAUGUUCCAAUAAACAGGAGGUCGUGUA